CUUCGCAGCGCCCAGUUCCGGCCAAACUCCGCUCCCCUUCCCCGGCGCGCUUCGCUUUCCUCCGCCCUCCUCGCCGCGCUUUCCUCGGGGACUCCUCGCUCGGCGCUCCAGCCAUGCACUGCCAAGCCGAAGCCCGGCUGGCUCCCCCGGGGCCGCUGAAAGCAGCCAGGCGGCGCUACAAGACUUUCAUGAUCGACGAGAUCCUGUCCAAGGAGACGUGUGAUUACUUCGAGAAGCUCUCGCUCUACUCCGUCUGCCCGGCGUCGCUCAUCGUCCGGCCAAAACCCCUCCACUCCUGCUCCGGCUCCCCUUCUCUGAGGGCCUAUCCUCUCAUCUCUGUCAUCACCAGGCAGCCCUCGGCCGUCUCCCACUUCAUCCCUGCCGCCAGCACUUCCCGCGUCCUCUCGCCACACCCCACGCCGGGGAGCACCUGCUCAGAGACCCAGGCCAGCGAGACCCACGGGAGCAGCGAGUCGGAGGCGGAGCAGUCCGCGCCCCGCUUGAAGAAGCCUCGCCGCAGCCGCACCAUCUUCACGGAGCUGCAGCUCAUGGGGCUGGAGAAGAAGUUCCAGAAGCAGAAGUACCUCUCCACUCCAGACAGGCUGGAUCUGGCCCAGUCCCUCGGCCUAACACAACUUCAGGUGAAGACUUGGUACCAGAAUCGCAGGAUGAAGUGGAAGAAAAUGGUCCUGAAAGGUGGGCAGGAGGCCCCCACAAAACCCAAAGGCCGCCCCAAGAAAAACUCCAUUCCCAGCUCCGAAGAGAUCGAAGCGGAGGAGAAGAUGAACAGCCAAGCUCACAAGCCGGCUUUGGAGGAAAGCCAGGCCACGGAAGAGUGUGGGUUGACCGGGGAGUCAUUGGAUGCCACUUCAGAGACAGAGGAAUCUCCUAAAAACAGAGCUGAAACCCCUCUGGGAGAAACUGCAUCAAGUUAAGAGAGAGGGAGAGAGAGA